CCGGGGCGGGGAGCGGCAGCGCCGAGCGAGGCACGGACCCGGCCUGACCCCGCACCCCGACCCCGCACCCGGCCCCCGCGUCUCCGCCCAGCGCGUCCCGCCCGGCCCCGCCAUGCGAGCCCCGCGGCUGGCGCUGGGUUGCAUCAGCCUGGCGCUGUGUCUGCUGGAGCUGCCCCACGGCCUGGCCCUGCCCCGCGGCCGCUCCCCCAGGCGCAGGGAGCCCCCGGACCGGAGACCCUCCCCAGCCCCGCUCCUCGGGGAGCCCCCAGGACCGCAGCCCCCCGCCCCGCUGCAGCCAGCUGGCGGCCCCCCCCGGCAUGGACCCCUCGUCCCACGGCACAGCCCGAAGCUCGCCCCCCGGCACGGACCCCUCGUCCCCCGACAUGGCCAGAAGCUCAUCCCACGCCAGGGACCCCAGCUCACCCCCCGGCACGGCCCGAAGCUCGUCCCCCGGCACGGACCCCUCGUCCCCCGGCACAGACCCUUCAUCCCACGGCACAGCCCGAAGUUCAUCCCACGCCACGGACCCCUCGUCCCACGCCACGGCCCCCAGCUCGUCCCCCGGCACCGACUGCUCAUCCCGCGGCGCAGACCCCUGGUCCCGCAUCGGGGCCCGAAGCUGGCCCCCCGGCACAGACCCCGGCUGGCCCCCCAUCCUGGCCACGGCGUGGUGCCGCGGCAUGGGGUGCGCGGCCGGCGGCACGCGGCGGGGCGGCUGCAGCACGGGCAGCUGCUGCGGGUGGGCUGCGUGCUGGGCACCUGCCAGGUGCAGAACCUGAGCCACCGCCUCUGGCAACUGAUGGGCCAGUCGGGCCGCCAGGACUCAUCCCCCAUGAACCCCAACAGCCCCCACAGCUACGGGUGAGGGGGGGGACACACGGACACACCGCAGCAGACGGCCGUGCCCCCCCUGCCCCGCGGGACCCCCACUAAAGUGCUUCCAGAGUCAGACGUGGCUGGGCUCCCUCCGCACCUCUCUGGGGGGGCCCGGUGCCCCCCGGCAGAGCCCGGCUCCGGCCACGGCCCCACCAGGGACACGGCAGCGUCCCCACGGAGGGAGUGUUGUUCUCCCCCCCCGCCACCGGAGCCCCAUGGAGCGGACAGGAGCACGGGCGCAGGGCAAGAAGGCGGUGGCCCGUGGUGGCCGUUGGUGGCCCGUGGUGGCCGGCGGCGGCGGGUCCAAGGGGCGGCGGGGGAUCCUGCUGACCGCAGCAGCACC